UUAUCGAUUGCCCCAGCCACUGCUGGCGUUCAGGCAAUCGUCGCACUGCUGGCGUUCAGCCACUACGCGCGUGAUCGCUGACACCCCUCAUCUUCGCGAUUCUGCAUUCGCCAAUCAAUCCAGACCGUCCAUUCCUCUUCCGUACAUCAUCUGAUCACUUCGCUCACUUUCGUACUUCGCCGCUUCUGAUCGAUCAUUGGCUUGUCGUUCAUCCUCUGAUCCGAUCGCCAACUCGUUGUUUUACCGACACCAACUGAUCAUCUACCGCGGAUCUCACCUUCCACUGCACUGAUCGCUCCUCCACCGCUCCUCCAUCGCUCCUCGUUCCUGAAACCACCAUCGCCGUUGUCUCUCGCCCCGUUAUCAAUACCUACGUAUCAGCAGCAUCCCCUCAUCCCACCUGCCAUUUGUCCUGAUCACCCCAGAAUCGCCCCUCGCCUGACACGUCACCCAUGGCACGUGGCCGAUCCAAGGACCUGAUCCUCGCCGCCGUCCGAUCCGCCUCCCGGCGCGGCAGCUUCAGAUCCAACGGAUCAGAUCGACGCGCGGGUCCGGCCCUCACAUCCGCUCUGCUUUCGCGAAACAGCUGCAGCGCGCCGAGCUUAGCCCCUCCCCAGGAAUCAUCUCCCUUCGGAUCGUGGGAAAGCGUCGAUGCAAAGCGCCUAUCGGCGUGGAAAAGCGUUACUUUUGGCUCGGGAGGAGGGGUCCGGUUUGCCGAACCUACAGUGCUAGGCUCGGAUGUGGCAGGAACGGGAGGGAGGUGGUAUGGAACGCAGGCUGCGAGCGAGCAGGAGGAGAAGAAAGAGCCGUGGCGUGAGGGGAUGGAGAAGAUUCGAAACAUCGGCAUAUCAGCGCACAUAGACUCGGGCAAGACAACUCUGACCGAGCGUGUGCUGUUCUACACGGGGCGGAUCCACGAGAUUCACGAAGUGAGGGGGCGGGACGGCGUGGGCGCCAAGAUGGACUCGAUGGACCUGGAGAGGGAGAAGGGCAUCACUAUCCAGUCCGCUGCCACGCACUGCACGUGGGGCGACCACCAGGUGAACAUCAUCGACACACCGGGCCACGUGGACUUCACCAUCGAGGUGGAAAGAGCGCUGAGGGUGCUGGACGGGGCUAUUCUGGUGCUGUGCAGCGUUGGGGGCGUGCAGAGCCAGUCGAUAACUGUUGAUCGGCAGAUGAGGCGAUACAGCGUUGGGGGCGUGCAGAGCCAGUCGAUAACUGUUGAUCGGCAGAUGAGGCGAUACAGUGUCCCUCGCCUGGCGUUUAUCAACAAGCUGGAUCGUACGGGAGCAGACCCGUGGAAGGUGGUGGGGCAGCUGCGGUCCAAACUCAGACUGAAUGCUGCUGCAGUGCAG